ACCAAAUGUAAAAAUUCAUAGCUUUUACAUUGACUAUAUAUUUAGUCUGCUCUGUGGAUCCAAGUAUGGUGUAAUUGAGCACUGAGAAAAUCGAUGAGCUUUCUUAAAGUAAUUUGGGGAGAUUUAUUAUUGAAAUGGCUCAGACUCAUGCAGAAAUGAGAGGACCUUUAGGUAUGAAUGAGUAAUUAACAUCAAAGAUGAUUUAGUGACUGCAAUUGGCGAUUUAGAAAAUGAACUGACUGCUGAAUUGCAAUAAUUAGAGGAUGAUUUUACUAGAUCAACGAAUUAGCAUCAAAUAACUCAAGAAAACUUAGAUAUUAACAUAGGUCAAACAGAAAUCAACAUCUUUAAUGAGAAAGACUUUAUCGAUGCUAUUUUGUUACCAAGCAUAGAUUAAACUAAUUAAAAGAUAGAUAGAUUGAAUGGGUUCAUUAAUGACAACAGAGACUCAUUGGCUAGAGAAACCUUAAAUAGAUAAAAUUAACAUUAGGCUUAUCUAGACAGAGGUAACACAACUAAAAAAUUGUAGUGAGUGAACAUUAAGGUGCCAUUAGUGCAGUGGAUGAAGCUUUGUAAUUGAUCAAUUCCCUAAUCAACGGAAACAUUGCAUUCACUGAAAAAGCAACAAUCCAUUAGGCUGUCAAAAGAGUCAAUAACAAGAUCGCAAAAACCAGCACUAUUCACCCAGUUGUUGAAGCCUUAUUGUAAUUGACUCAGAACUUCUCAGAUCAAGGACAAGCCUAGAAAAUUAGAGACUUGCUAUAAGACACUAGAAACCAAUUGGUUGCUAGUCUGAAUUAGGUACUAUAUAAGAUGAUGUCUAAAUUAGGAAAAUGCUGAUGAAAAAUAGAUUGAAGAGACUUGGGCAGAGAGAUAAAAAACAUUAAACACCGAGUAUUAGGAAUUCAAGAGAUCUCUUCUUGAGGCUACUUACGUUUUGGCUACCUAUUAAAGUAAAUACAUACACAAAUUUAUAUUUCAGAUAAGUUGAAAUCAACUCAAGAAGCCUUAGCCUAAAAUGAACUUGAUUUACAAAAUUACAAUGAAUCUCUAUGUAAAUAACAGCCUAUAUCAAUUAGAAUAGGACAAGGAUGCUUAGGCCCAAGAAACCCAAAUUUAUAAUGAAUUGAAGGCUCAAUAUUAAAUUCAACUCUAAACUACUAGGAAUGCUAAAGAUUUUGUGAACUCUGCUGAAUUUAGCACAGUAAUUAGAAACAAAUUAAAUUAAGGGGGAUUGGCAUGAUUGAU